AUGAAGGACAUUAAUUGUCCAGUCUGCAAGGAACCAUUAACAGAAAUUGCCAUAACACCGGACGGUCGGCCACCAGCGCGAAGCGCUCCGAGAGAUAGCAAGUUGGGAAUUACCUACAGCAGCGCUGCAGUCCGGGAGGACGUAGACGGACUGUUUGAUUACCGUUGCUGGCAGCGAACAUGUGCAGAGAAGGGCGAGUGCUUCCCCACCAUAGAGGCGCUUCAGAACCACGUAGAGCAAGCGCAUCGCCGUCGCUUUUGCGCGACGUGCUUGCGAGGACGCAAAGUCUUCCUCUUUGAGCAGCUGCUCUAUUCGCCCGAUGAUCUACGAAGACAUCAUGAAGACGGUGAUAGGCCAGACGUUGUGG